GACACAGAGAGAACUCACAAGUGGUUUCUUUCGUCUAUUUAUCUAAAGAGCUUUUCUAGUUUCCAAUUCAAUUCUGCUUUUGUCAUGGAUCAUGAUAUAGAGAAUAGAGUCACAGUGGUGAUUAAUCACAGACGGUUAAGCCAAUCUGUAUCGUCGUCACUUUUCACCGCGUUUUCUAUCAGCUUUAUAACUCUGGUCUUUGUUACGACGUUGCUUCUCGUGUCUAAUUUCUCGAUGCAACCGCAGAGUGAUUACUCAGAGGUGAAGAUAGAGAUCAAAAGACUGAUUCCACACUUACCUCUAAGCUCUGAGACGGAUGGCGAAGGGAAAACUCCGUUCAAGCAACAAUCUCCUAAUCUCAAAACCACAGAGAAGCUCCAAGUUAUUGAGAUUUUUAGUGGAGAUAACUUGUCGGAUAAGUUUCAAAAGAGGAUAACUGAGUUUGUCGGUGAUGAUUGUGAAGUCAACUUCGUCAUGACAUGGAUAUCAUCAACAGAGCUCUUCGGCAACAGAGAGGUAUUAGCUAUUGAAAGUGUCUUUAAGUCUCAUCCUCGUGGUUGCUUAAUGAUCCUAUCCGCAACCAUGGAUUCUCCUCAAGGUUAUACAAUCUUGAAACCGUUUCUUGAUCGUGGUUACAAAGUUCUUGCAGUCACACCAGAUUUGCCUUUUCUACUCAAAGGAACCGCCGGAGAAUCAUGGCUCGAGGAUAUAAAGACCGGGAAAAGAGAUCCCGGAAAGAUAUCCUUAGCUCAGAAUCUCUCAAACCUCAUGAGGCUUGCUUACUUGUACAAAUAUGGAGGUGUUUACUUAGACACGGACAUGAUUGUUUUGAAAAGCUUCAUAGGACUUAGAAACGUGAUUGGAGCACAGACUCUUGAUCCUUCAUCGACAAAUUGGACAAGACUAAACAACGCGGUACUAAUAUUCGACAAGAACCAUCCUCUGUUACUAAAAUUCAUCGAAGAAUUCGCUAAGACUUUCAAUGGAAACAUAUGGGGAUACAAUGGACCGUACCUUGUAUCUCGAGUGGCUAGAACCGUGGAAGGGUCGAGUGGCUAUAACUUCACCGUCAUGCGACCUUCAGUGUUCUAUUCGGUAAACUGGCUCGAGAUUAAGAAGUUGUUCAGAGUGCCUAAAACAGAGAAAGAUUCCAAGUGGGUCAAAAUCAAGCUUCUUCAUAUGCAGAGGAGUGGCUACGGUUUGCAUCUGUGGAAUAAGUUUAGCAAGAAGUAUGAAAUUGAACAAGGAAGUGCCAUCUGGAAACUAGUGUCAGAGCACUGCAUCAUCUGCGAAAUCGGUUCUGCAUCAUAGUCUUGUUUGAGUUUGUUCCAUUAAUCACAUACUGUUGAUAACUUCUUGUAAUUGUAUAUAAGACCAAAAGCAUUCACGUCCUA